GAAUGAGAAGAAAAAUUGGGCAGCGACUACGCUUUCAAAAGACCUAAUUGGAGAACUUGACAGCACGUUUUAAUAAACGCAGGGUCCUCCACUGGGCAUGCUCCAUCUGAUUUGAGAGGAGAGCUGGGCACGGUGUGAAUAACUGGCAGUUUGGGCGUAUUUUUUAUGAGGAGGCUCUGUCGCCCUCUCAUCUUUGAUUUUCCUUUUUUUUUGUUUGAUCACGCAGCACUGAAUCGAGACGCACAUUUUCCUCCCCGUCCCUCACAGACUGUGUGGAUGUUUUCUUCUCCACGACGCAUGAAUGACAAGGAAAGUCUCAGGGGCAGGGGAGCAUCUCCGCGCUGAGACAAAGACCUGCCCUAGGCUAUAGCGGGCGAGAGCGUCGGUAAACGCAGUGAGAGAGAGCGGGGCUGAGCGUCGGUGUGAAGGAGGUGAGUCUGUAGGCAGCAACAGAGGAGGGACUGAAGCAGCACCGAGUCCCCCCCACCCCACCCCACCAGGAGCCUGCCGGACAAGCGCUGUCCGCUCAGCACCACCGCAGUCACCUUGCUGUGAAAGUCAUAAACCUGCUCAGGACUGAUCUGAUCAAUUACCACAACCUGGGGAGUCCAAAGAGCUGGAUUUACUCUGCUGGCAAAGGGGGGAAACAUCACCAGCGUUUGUCCUUUAAUCUCGACAUCUUGGAUUUACCGACGAUGUGACGUCCAUUCUUAAUGUGAUGCCAUUGGCUGCGAUCAUUUUUGGAUUUCGAUUCUAUACCCUCCAGUGAGUCUGGCAGCUCUAAGCGUUUAUGAUCCUCCAGUUGCAUGACAGUAGAAAAUAACAAGGUUUUCUUUAAUAGAGGGAAUGUAGCCUGAUGCGCGUCAAGCAGCCCCGAUUUCUUUUCAUAGUCAGGUGAGACAGGACAGGUUCCUUUGCGCGCUGAUUUCCUUAUGUAAUUGUUUCCUUCGGUCGCUUCACUGCUGUGCGUGGUGGCACGGUGCGCUUAGACUUACCUUUGCGAUGAAGGGAACUUAUUGGAGAAAUGCCUAAGGGACGCAAUGGGCCUGAGCGACGACAAGGAUCGCAUUGUGAUAAACGUGGGAGGGAUCAGACAUCAGACAUACCGCAGCACCCUGCGCACCCUACCUGGCACUCGCUUGUCUUGGCUGGCCGAGCCUGAUGCACCCAACCACUUUGACUAUGAUGCCAAGAUCGAGGAGUUUUUCUUCGACCGCCACCCCGGCGUUUUUGCACAUAUCCUCAAUUACUACAGGACAGGUAAACUGCACUGCCCGGCUGAUGUCUGCGGGCCCCUCUAUGAGGAAGAACUGGCCUUCUGGGGCAUUGAUGAGACAGACGUGGAGCCAUGCUGCUGGAUGACCUAUCGCCAGCACCGGGAGGCAGAGGAGGCCCUUGAUAGUUUCGGCGGGGGGGGACUGUUAGACCUGGGGAGCGAUGAUCCUGAGCCGGAGCCAGAGCACGCCGAGGAUGAUGUGGAUGAAAUGACAAGAAGGCUGGCGCAGGGAGACUCUCCUGAUGCCAGGAGUGGGAGCCUGUGGAGCCGGUGGCAGAAACAUGUUUGGGCCCUGUUUGAGGACCCUUACUCAUCUAAAUAUGCAAGGUGGGUGGCUCUGGCCUCGCUGUUCUUUAUUCUGGUGUCCAUCACCACCUUCUGUCUGGAGACCCACGAGGCCUUCAACCCCAUCAUCAACCGCACUGAGCUGGAGCUGGUGGACAACAUCACAGUGGAGCACACGUACCAGGAGACUGAGACUGCGGCCUACCUCACCUACAUCGAGGGCGUGUGUGUGGUGUGGUUCACUUUUGAAUUUCUAAUGCGAAUAACUUUCUGCCCGAAUAAAUUCGACUUCAUUCGGAACGCCCUGAACAUCAUCGACUUUGUGGCCAUCCUGCCCUUCUACCUGGAGGUGGGUCUCAGCGGGCUCUCCUCCAAGGCAGCUAAGGACGUGCUGGGUUUCCUGAGAGUGGUCCGCUUUGUGCGGAUCCUGCGUAUCUUCAAGCUGACACGUCACUUUGUGGGGCUGAGGGUGCUGGGCCACACGCUAAGGGCCAGCACCAACGAGUUCCUGCUCCUCAUCAUCUUCCUCGCUCUCGGUGUCCUCAUCUUUGCCACCAUGAUCUACUACGCUGAACGGAUUGGAGCUAACCCCAAUGACCCUCGAGCUAGCGACCACACGCAAUUCAAGAACAUCCCGAUCGGAUUCUGGUGGGCUGUGGUGACCAUGACGACCCUUGGCUAUGGAGAUAUGUACCCUCAGACGACCUCCGGAAUGCUGGUCGGAGCCCUGUGUGCCCUGGCAGGUGUGCUGACCAUCGCCAUGCCCGUCCCUGUGAUUGUUAACAACUUUGGAAUGUAUUACUCGCUGGCCAUGGCAAAACAGAAACUACCAAAGAAAAAAAAUAGGCAUAUCCCUCGGGCUCCCCAACCAGGUUCUCCCAACUUCUGUAAGUCAAGCAUCAGCUCCCAACACCAGAGCCCCAUUGCCCAUGACGACGUUUUCGAGAUAAAGUUUCAAGAUUCCAAGCUGAACGGUGAGGCAGCUAACGCAGCUCUGGCCAAUGAAGAUUGCCCUCAUAUAGACCAGGCCAUAUCUCCAGAGGAAAUCUUCAGCCCCAGCGAGAGAGAGCGGCCCUGCUUCCUGGUCACCACUGCAGAACGCCCCAACCACACAGGGGGCAGAGUGAGGAGGGGUUAUGAAAAGCCUUGGAGCCUUAACAGCAUGUCUGGCAUGAGCGGGGAUGCCUCUGGAGUGUCCUCAGUGUCCGCCCUGCCCUGCAGCCCACCCUGUCUAAUGCAGCACUCACAUUCUCCCAUCCCAUCCAUUAUGUAGCAUGGUUGAGUAGCAGACACAAUGCCAUUGGAAGGCCAGUCCACACUCCUCCUUCUUACCUUUCCUGUCAGAUUUUGCUUUUACACUUGCCUUCGCUCCUGCUUUUUUUCCAUUUUUAUUUCUUUUUUUUUCUGGAAAACUGUAUCUUAACUGUGCUAAUACUCGAGCUUCCCAAGUGUUCUCCUUGGGUGUGUCAUCAUAUCCUAGACUAGAAAACAUUGGCACAUGCCACUCUGCAUGGGUCACCUCAGUUGCAGACAAAGCACUGUUCUACUUCUACCACAGGCUAACUCCACUCUUUCCCUGUGUUUACAUCAUUGCCUGUUGCUCUGUUGCUUUUGAUCUCGCAUACUCUUCUGCAAAUAACUUUUAUCUCAUCUGCUUUUUACAAUUUUGUGAAAGAAAUUUUCAUAAGAUGUAACCCCCUGCUAACAAUAUGCUGGACAUUAACAAUACAUGGCUUUUAAACAUAUCCAAAAGGUACCAUUGCCAGCUGUUAAGGGAACUCCUCUUAAGUGCUUUGUACGUUGCAAAGUAGAGACGUUAUCAUUCUUAAAGUGCAAUCCAGACAAGACUUAAUGUUAUCUGAGUGGCCAUUUCAAAAAAAGAAAAGAAAAAAAUUAACAUGAUGUUCAUGAUGUCCAAUGCAAUAUGGAGAUGAUGACAAUUCCUAUGAUACUAGUGAUGAAUACAUCUAAUGUCAAAAGAACUAAAACUGUUUGUUCAUUUGCAUGAACUGCAUGAGAAAUUUUGUUCAACAAGAAGCUAACUGUAUCGCAGUACCUGUAAGAAAAAAAAACAAAAAACGUUUUUCUUUCAAAAGCUUCUAAAGCUUUGUCAUUUUUUAUGCAUUUUGAGACAGCUUUACAAGAGACUCAGUCAUAGCAGAGAUUUUUAUGUAGCUGCCAUUCUUUGCCUUUCCCCAAAUUCAUAUAUUUAUUUUCUUGUAUUUAUUUGACUGGGGCCUCCAACUAAAAUAGUGUGAUUUAACUUGAACAAUCUGUCAUAAAGCCAACUAAUGCUGUUAUGAGCAUAAGUAGUUUUUAUACAAAUAUAUUUAGUGGUAGUUAUGAGUUUUUAAAUAAUAUCGGUAGUCCGCAGCAAUUUCAGUGACUGCUGUGAUGCCUAAAUUAAGGCACGACUCAUGAAUUAUUAAACAACGGUGCCUUCGUACCAGGUGAGGCAAAGCAAAAGUGAGUAAUAAAUUGACAUGAUAUUACAUAAAGUGCUCCCUGUGUAGCAUCAAUACACUUUAUACCAUGCUCAUAACAGUGUAACGAAAGCUUUAUUUUACAAGGUGCACCUUGUACCUUUUGCACCACCAUCGUACCCUUAUUCACAGUAAAUAUGCCCUCUUGGUUAUUAUUGUCACACCACACACUAGGAUUUAACCUUUAGUAGGAUACAUUACUCAAAGGAAAAAAAAACACCAGAAAAUACUGACUUAAAAAGUCCCCAACUCAAGAAAAUUUUUGUAUGAUAAAGCACAAAAUAUUAUGAAAGGGGGCCAGGCAACUUUACAGAGCCAAAAUAUAUCGAGUUAUGAUCAACCAGAGAUGUCAUGAUGACUCCUGCAGUAUGUAUGUCUAUUGAUUUAAAACAUCAAUACUGUUACUGUUACAUGUAUUGAUACUGUCCCAAUAAUUAUGCACAAUUCUUUCAGGGCACUUUAACAAAUUUUAUGUUGACCAAUCAAAAAUGUUAAUUUCUAUAAGAAGAUAUAAGAAGUAUAGCAACUCAUCUAAGUUUUGUUUUUAUUCUGAAUGAGCAGAGUUUCACAUUUCGAGUCAUGUCUCUUGUGGUAAUUAAUGGACGUUAUAUAUUUCAAAAAAAAAGAAGAAAAAAAACUUGUGAAGAUUUGAUGUGAAGAGAUGCAGGUGAAUUAUAUGCUCAUGCAAUUCAAGUGAAAAAAAAAAGAAGUACAGUACGACACAGUAUGGGAUGUGGGUCUACUUGGGGAAAGGUAAAUGCAUGUAUUUUACAUUUAUGCAACAGAAAAGUAUUCAAAUAAAAUAUGUAAAUAUAAGUCCUUGCAUGAAAUAAAUUUUAUACACAACGA